AUGAGACCUGAGAACCAGAGCAGCGUGUCCGAGUUCCUCCUCCUGGGGCUCCCCAUCCGGUCAGAGCAGCAGGGUGUGUUCUUCGCCCUGUUCCUGGGUGUGUACCUGACCACGGUGCUGGGCAACCUGCUCAUCCUCCUGCUCAUCAGGCUGGACCCUCGCCUGCACACCCCCAUGUACUUCUUCCUCAGCCAUUUGGCCCUCACUGACGUCUCCUUCUCAUCUGUCACCCUCCCUAAGAUGCUCAUGAACAUGCAGACUCGAUGCCAAGCUAUCACAUAUGCAGGGUGCAUUUCACAGGUGUAUUGCUUUAUAUUCUUCGGUUGCCUUGACAGCUUUCUUCUUGCUGCAAUGGCCUAUGACAGGUAUGUGGCUGUCUGUCACCCUCUCCACUACACUGCCAUCAUGAGGGAUGAGCUUUGUGUCAUCCUAGUGGCUGGGUGCUGGCUCGCCGCUUGUGCCCAGGCUCUGUUGCACACCCUCCUUGUGGACCAGUUGACUUUCUGUGCAGGGACUGUCAUCCCUCACUUCUUCUGUGAUCUCUCUGUUGUGCUCAAGUCCUCCUGCUCUGACACCUCCCUCAAUGAGCUGCUCAUCCUCACUGAAGGAGGACUGAUCUUCACCUUGCCUUUGGGUGGUAUCCUGGGCUCCUAUAUCCGCAUGGCAGCCGUCAUCCUGAAGGUCCCCUCCUUCACAAGAAUCUUCAAAGCCUUGUCUACCUGUGGUUCUCACCUCUUCGUAGUGUUUUUAUAUUAUGGGACAAUUGCGGGUGUGUACUAUUUCCCCUCAUCAGGCAACUCCAAAGUCAAGGACAUAGUUGCUUCAUUGAUGUACAUGGUGGUCACCCCCAUGCUGAACCCCUUCAUCUACAGCCUGAGGAAUAAGGAUAUGAAACAUGCUCUUCAGAAAAUUUUCAGGAGAAAGUUGUACUUU